AUGAGUAUGAGAGAAACUAGUUACGUGGAAGAUUCAACUUUCACACUUUCAUAUAUUGAAAAUGAUGCUUUAUUUUUGGGCGCCCUUUGGAAUUGUCAUCUUUCUAAGCCUGCGGGUUACAAUCUGUUCGCAAAAAAACUUACAAGCGAUCAUUUGGCUAUUCACCCAUUAAAAAAUCUCGAUUAUCAUUUAAUCCAUGUUAAGAGUAUUGAAGACAAACUGACGACAUUAAAAAUAAGUGGUGCGAUGUCUAUUGAGAUAUUAUCUGGUAUUCUAAAUGUAGAAGGAAGUGGAUAUUACGAUACUAUGUCCUCUAUAAACUCUAAUGAAGAACAACUUAUCUGUCAAUACAACCUUGAUAACUAUUUGGUCGAAUUGCUUCCUCAAGCAAAAGAGGUGAUGGACAAUAUUGUUAAAAAUAAUCUUUUCGAAAAAAAAAUUAAGGCAACUCAUGUCGUGCGUAGUAUAAUUCUAGGAGCAAGAGUGAGUGCAGAUAUAAGAAUCAGACGAAACGAUACAAGCAAAAAUACAGCUAUUAAUGGCAGAUUAAUUGGUGGCAUACCUUUUGGUAAAGUAAAUGCUGCUUUAAAAACUAGUUUGGAAGUUCUGGACUCAAAAAAUGCAAAUGAUUAUGAUAUGCAAAUAACUAUCAGUUCUAAACCACCGAUGAAGCAACAACCAACGACUAUAAAUCAAAUGUUCAACUUGAUUGAAAAUGUAGAUGCAUGCAUUCAAGAAGAGCAACAUUACAAGUUUAUUGGUUCAGAUAUUUAUGGUGUACCUAUUCGGUUUAUCCUUGUCCCUGUUUCUCAGUUUCUUGAAAUUGAGGUUGAAAAACUUUACAAGCAGUUAAAUGACAGUAUCUUUGAAAAUUUUCGUACAACCCUUAUUGCACUUAAAGAUUAUCAAUCGUCAGAAUAUGUAAAAAACUGUGUAAUAAGAACAGAAUAUCGUCUGCAAAAGAUUUUAUCUGAUUCUCAAUCCCAACUGUCAAAAGAUAUCAUAGAAUAUCAAAAAAAUUUAAAAAAGGUUACAAAUAAUUAUUUUGAACGAGCGUGUGAAACUCUAAAAAAAUAUAAAAUCGCGGAAUGUGACUCUGAUAAACUCCUUCAAAUUAUACAUGAUUAUGAUAAAAGUGAUUUCAGCAUUGUAAAUGUAUGCGCCAAGCUUGAAUCAUUUGUAUCAUACGGAAAGUAUGAGCUUAACGGUGUAUAUGAAAGAGACGCGGCGCUCAUGAAUCUCAAGAUUAUUUAUUUUACAAAUUCAAAUGAAUUGAAUGAAUGGUUAUAUUCUGGAAUAAAUGUCAAGUUACUAUUAUGGACUGGCAUAGACUCUUCGAAAGUAAAUUCCACAAAUGGUGCAUUCCAAAGCCUUUUCAAAAUUGUCAAUGCUUUACAAGAGCGAAAUAUUGAAGUUGGAAUAGCUUUACCAAGUAUUUCGAAUGAUUUUUCUUUGGUGAUCAAAGAUAAUAUAAGAUCAGAAACUUACAGCAUAGUUGAGAUUCCUCAAAUCCUCAAAAUUUUGAGUGCUGCUGUGGGCAUGGGAAAUCCUAUUGAAAGCCGCUUUUAUAUGCUGAAUGCCUUACAUUCAAAUAUCCAAUUGCCACUUACGCUUGAAAAAUUUUCCGAAUUAAAUAAUCUUAUAUCUUUGUUAAAAAUUGAUUUUAAAAUCUAUUUUGCUCAUUCAUAUUUAGAUUCCCUUCAAAAAAUUCGAAGCUCUAACCAUGAUGGUUUUCGGUGGAAAGCUUUUAUCGCAUUAGAUGCACCAGAUACCGCAUUGGAUGCUGUUUAUGAGAUCAAAAACCUUGUUUCAAAAAGUGUGUUUUCAGAAAUUGAAUGGAUAGCUGGUGAAUCCAAUAUUCGAUCUUCACAAGCGGCACCUCUGUUACUUGUUUUUUAUGACGGAGAGAUUAAAGCAGUGUGCUUAGAUAAAUUAGAUCUUCUAAUUCUUUCGCAAAUUUUUAAAAGCAAAGAUUUAUCAGUACUAUCUUGUGCUUCAACCUAUCAUUCAUUAUAUCCUGAUCGAUCCCAGUUUUCUUUAGAAUUUAUCAAAAUUGUAGAUCAAACAAAAAUGUAUAAGAUAGAACCAAUAAAUGAAAUAUCACCUUUUAAUCAAGUACCCAAUCAAAUCUUGAGCGAUGCAUUAAAUGUUGUCCGCAGUGCUUCUCUUGGAAAAGAUUUGGACAUAAUUUCGUCAAUUGCACAACUGGCUAUUAAGAAUGGUAACGAAUUGAGUAAUCUUUUGAUCAAAUACGGAUGGAGCUCUGCAGAUUCUAAAUUUAAUAAAGUAUUAUGUGCAGAGGAUUCAAAAUCACUUUAUAAUGAUUUGCAAAUUUGGUUAAAAUCACGCGACCCAUUUUUAGCAAAGAUAGAGUACGCGAAGAGUGCUGUGGAAAGUGUACUAAAAAGCUUUGAUGAUAAUAAGGCUCAAAUAAAUCUUGAGGAUGCUAUCAAAUUAAUUUCGAAUGAUCCAAAAUGUAGGAAUGAAAUUAAAACAAAUUUUGAGGUAUGGAAAUUGGAAAAUGAUCUGAAAAAUCGAUGUGAUGGAUAUACAAGUAUUCUUAAUCAGCUUUCUAAUGAAAAUAUCCAAAAGGAAUCAUUUCAUGUUAUGAAAUUGAUUUCUUUGUUGAAAUCAACACUUCAGUCAUCCAAUAAAAAUUUUCUUGACGUUCUCAUGGACGAAGUUAUUCAAAGUUAUAUUAAAAGAUUGCCACUGUCUAAAGAGCCAUAUAAAAGUCACUGGAAUGAGAUUGACAAAUUCAUGAAUAGAAAAUCAUUGCCAAGUCUUGUUUCAUUACUCGCUAAGUUACAUUAUGAUCCGCAAUUAUAUAAACUGCACGAGAAAUUGAAUAAAAUAAGAAAUAUCGAUAAUCAAAAUGAUAUUAAAAAUUCAUUUAAAUUGCUGUCAACAGAAGAUUUUACAGAUACACAUAGAAGGUAUUUAUGGCAAAAUUCUAGAUUCGUAUAUUUAGCUUCACGUAUGCCGUUAGUCGUCAUGUCAACGUUAUCACUCAAUAUUGAAGAAUUUCCGAGUUAUAUACCGGAGAAUGUCCAAAAACUACUGAAAGAACGGUUUAAAGAACAUCACGAACAGGAAAAGUUUCCUCUACUUGAAUUGAAAAAUAUUGAUCAAGUUAAAGAUUAUUUUGAGUUUCUACUUUACUAUAAUCAAUUACCAAAUGAGAUUCUUAGAGAAUCGAUUACGAAAAAUGAAGAGUUAGAGAAAUCUCUAGAAUCUGUUGGUGUUUUGUUUGAUGGAAACUGGGAUUCAAAAGACAAAAUUACCAAGGGUUGGGACCAAGAAGCAAUUGAGUUUGCACUUGAAAAACUCAAAUCGAAAAAUGACCAACCGGAUAUAGAAAUUAAAAUAACCCCUAUUCCUAGCCCGUUAAUGCCGCCACCAAAUGACCCAGAUUCGGAUUAUAAAGUAUUGAAAGUACAUAAAAAUUGGAAGUCUCUGAUGGGAGAGAAAAUAAACAUAAUAACGUCAAGAGAUUAUCUCGAAGUACGUAAAAUCAUUCCGGUCCCGACUAUUUCUGAAAAUCAACUUGAAUUUUGUAUAAUCAAAAUUCUCCCCCAUAUCAUACAGAAGGUUAAGAUGUGGGGAUGUAGUGCACUUACAGCAAGUAACAUUUCAGGAUUAGUGAAAAAAUCUAAGCCGGAACCCUCAUUUGAUCCAUCCAAUGAUGACCCAUUCAUUGAUGACCCAUUUUCUGAUGACCCAUUUUCUGAUGAUUCAAAUCCGUUUGAUGACAAAUCCGAUAAACCCUCAAAUUAUUUUAAUGAAAACAAAAACCCAUUAUCUCGAAUUGACUGCAUUGCUGGAUUGCUUAGCAUUGUUGAUUGUAUAGUAGUUCAAGAUAUUCUUCACACAAUGGCCAAAUUCCCAAUGGCAUUACCCCUUGUAAUGCCUGAUUUUGAGCAUGCGAAACAAUUUAAUGUCAUGCUGCCAUUUCUUGUUGGUCCGACAAUCAAGUGGGAAACAAAACCAGGUACAAUUGUUGAAAAUCAUCUAUUUAAAAGUCCAUUCAGAUUUCUUGUUGCCAUUCGAAUCGGAUCCAAUUCAAAAGCAGGGAAAAGUACAAUUUUAAAUCAAUUAAUGGCUACAGAGCACAUGUUUUCAUCAAUUUGUGAACCUGGUGCAUCUCGAGGAAGACCUUACACUCUUUCUGGGGCUAUCGAAUUUACAUGGCUUACUCAAGAAACUUGUAGUGAUAGUUUAUGGAAAAAUGUGAUGGAAAAUCAUUACAAUAUAGGGACCAAUGAAAUUGUGUUGUUGGCAAAUUUGCAUGGAGACGCAUUGGAGUACGAAGGACAAGUUCAGUGGCUAAAACAGGCGGGAUCAAAAUUCUUGGUUUUCAUCAUGCCAAAUGUGAGUGUGAAAGAAUGGAAAAAGUUGAAAAAUAUCAUAGGUAGUGAAAAUUAUGUCUACUCUAUGGUGGAUUGUGGUAAUAAGAAUAAAAAUCCCGUGAUUGAAACUGGACGCUUAACAGAAGAUGAGACAUUGGAGUUGGUGCGUUCUAUGUUCAAAAAUUCCCUUGAAUCUGAAACCAGAAUUCAACCAGAAUUCAACAAUUUCAUGUCGGGACACCCAUUGAAGUUGGCAAAUGGAAUCGAAUGUAAUGAGUCGCAACUCAUUGUAGAUUUUAUUAAGAGAUAUUCUUGCGCUACGACUAAAAAUAUUAUGAAGUUUCAGAAAGGACAUACUAGGAUGACCCAGGAUCAUUGUGAACUGUGGGAAAAUAAUAACCUUUUACAAGAAUUAAUGAAGUAUUUUGGAGCAGUUUUGGUAUUACCAAUCAAAAAGAGGAGGAGAGCUUUGGCUCAUUUAGAAAGAGAUCUUUAUAAUCUUUCAGUCGAAGAAUCAUCAAAAGCUAGAGAAGAUGUUUUGUUACUAAGAGAAAAACUAAGGCGAACCAUUGAUUUAACGAAUAAGAAUGAGGAUAUAGUAAAAUAUUAUAAGACACGAAUUAAUAAUGCUCUAGAACAGGUAGACGAUAGGAGCCUAGGCAUAGAACAUUUAUUUCGUGAAGCGGGACAAAUAUAUGAAUCAUCUCUUGUUAAUAUUCCAAAGUAUAUAUUACAAUUUCCUAGAUCGUGUGCUGAACUAUUCAUUGAAGGUCAGGUCAUCGAGCUAAUCGAUGGUGAUUCUGGUAAAAUGCCAGGUGCUUGGUUGUCAUCCAUCUUCAAAGAAGUAUCAAUAAUAUACCCUGAUUUGAAAGUUUUUGUUGUUUCGAUUCUUGGACUGCAGUCAUCUGGGAAGUCUACCCUUUUGAAUGCACUUUUCUCUUGCAGAUUUGCGAUUUCCAUUGGUCGUUGCACUCGGGGCCUUUUCAUGAGGUUAUUAUUUUUUGAAAAGGAACUUAAAAAAGAGCUUAAUGUAGAUGCCAUCCUACUUAUUGAUACCGAAGGUCUUGGUGCACCAGAAAAAAUAAAUGAAAAAGAUGCAUCGCAGAAAGAUCGAUUACUGGCGACAUUUGUAAUGGGAAUAAGUAACUUAUCGCUUAUUAAUGUCCUUGGAGAAUACAUGAAUGAUUUAACAGAAAUUUUGCAAAUUGCGAUUGUUGCAAUGGCACGUCUAGAAAAAGCUAAAAUUGCACCAGACAUUUUUAUGGUACAACAUCUUACAGAACGGAAUGCAGCCAAAACAUCUUCAGGACAAAUAGAGUUUUGUGAAGCUCUUCAAAAUGCUUUGAAAUUUGCGGACAAAAAAUUUGUUGAUGUUGGUAUCAUGAAUUCUGAUUGCUUGAAAAUUCUGGAUGAGCGAAUACAAAAAGGAGAACUCCAUAAGCAAUUUCGUUCGUUUAGAGAUGGCGCAAGUACAUAUGCACCUCCAUCAAAACAAUAUCAUGAGGAUGUGACGAAAUUAUAUGAGGAUAUACUUAAUGCCUGUAAACAUUCACGUAGCAUAGUUUCAUUCAAACAAUGGUAUUCACUCGUUAAUAGUUUUUGGAAGUCUGUCAAGAAUGAACAUUUCGCAGUUCAAUUCAAGAAUCUUAAAGAAAUGUACGAAUUUAUAGAGCGGGGCAGACUAAUUGUGAAAGUAAAAGAGGCAAUUAACGCAGCCUUUCAGGCUCAUACGGAACAAUGUUCAGAUAUCAUCCGACAAAAGAUCACUAUAUUGUCAUCUGACAAAAACUUUAAUACUUCUAACUUACGUGAAGAAUGCGUUGUAAUUAUUGAAGAAGAAUUAAAUCACGAUUUAAGUAGUUAUCAUUGUAAUAAGUGCAAGAAAGUUUCAGAAACAAGGAUUGAGUUGGAAAAUUAUCUUAAGGAUAAAGAAGAGUGUAAAACAGAUACAUUAAAAACAAUCGAUCGGUAUAUCGAACGUAGACGCCAAGCUACUAAGGUACAACUUCUCCAGAUUCUUGAAGCUAGACUUAUAGGAGAGGGCUGUACAACAGAAUUCAUGGAUGUAAUUACAAAUCAUUUGAAAACAGAAUUGAAAAGACGAUCAUCUAAACGAUUCAACGAGUAUGAACAUAAGAAAAUUUCUGAUGAUAUUUGGAAUGAGCUGCGGCGACGCGUAGGUGACAAGAAUUAUAUAUCAUCAGUCGAAUUAAGAAUCGAAAACGAAGUCAAAGAAGCUUAUGCACACGCAGAAAUAGUUUAUCGUAAAUUUAUAGAAAGGGAUAAAUUUCCUGCACGACUCAAUGGUAAUAUUAGUAAGCACUUUAAACCAAAUGAAUUUCUUGGGUUAGCUGAUGAAAUAUUAAAGGAGAAAAAUGCUGUCAAAUUCGAAAGUGGUAUGAUCUUCACACUCCAAUCAAAAGUAAACCAAAAACUCGAAGAUCAUGAUCAAAAUAUAAUAUGGAACGUUCAUUUGUUUGCCUUAGAAAAAUUCUGUGAGAAAAUGCAAUGCGUCCAGCAAAAGUGGGAUAGACAACAUAAUCCGCUUAAGAUACUUGAACGAAAGGAAAGUGAAUAUAGAGUGUUAAUUAAACACAGGCUUGAACAUGGUUUUACAUAUGCAUCCGAAGGGAAUAUCAUUGCGGAAUAUCUACUUAAAGCAAUAAGAAUAAAAGCUGUGAAUAGUGGUAAUGAGAAAAGAAUGCGUACGGUACUUACACUCAAUUGGAUGAAUAGCACUGAACAUGCAAGGCUCAAAUAUUUUAAACAAUUAGCUAAAAAAGUUCAAAUCCGUGAAUUUGAAGAUGCACUUAAGCAUUUUGAUAAUCCACAAGUCAAGAUAACUGAGUGGUUCAAGAAAGAAGUUGAUAAUAGCUGUCCUGAAAUUUCGUCCGAAGAAUAUAUUAAAGUAUUUGAACAAGAAUUUAAGGAAGUUAUGUCUGAAGUUAGUAAAUGCAAAUCUAUUGAAGAAUUUCAAAAUUUUGUUGAAAGUUAUUUGAAUAAAGUUGAAGGAUGCGAAUAUAAAAUGCAUAAAGUAGACGAAACAAAUGAGCCAGAUGUGGAUUCAUUGCGCGACAGCAUAUUGGAAACGUUAAAAAGUCAGCGUUGGAAGUAUAAAUAUCGUAAGACGUUUAAAGCUCCAUCUGAAUAUGAGAUUGUAAUGGAAAGGCUAGGCUGUACAGAGUCAUGCAUGUUUUGUGGUGCUAUCUGCUGGGGCGCACAAGGACACGAAGAAAAUACGGAUAAUACAAAAAAGCAUCAUUCAUGUCAUCAACCAUCAGGUCUUCGGGGAACAAAUAACAAACAUAAUCAUGUAUUGGAUUCGGCACCGUGUCAUCUACGCUCAGAUGAUUCGAUGGUCAGUUGGGGAAAAAUAGAGGACAGAAAAUUGGUAAAAUGGAGCGAGGCAAAACAAAAAGAUUUUACUAAUUGGCUCUUUCUUCCUCACAACAAAAUAAAUUUUAAUAAUCUUAUGUGUUGGUUUUUUCAAGAGUUGCAUGCGAAGAUAGCGGCAACACGUAAUCUUUGUAUGGCAAGCAACGAGGAUUUGCAAAAGUAUAAUUGCAUUAACUUGGAUUACGAUCAAAUUAUAAGAGAAUUAAAUGUUGAGAUAGAAAUAAACUAG